AUUUGUAUUAAAAUGAUAUUACAUUUUUAAAUAUGUCUAUAAAUAACUUACAAGGUAAAAAAAACUUGUGAAGUGUAUUUCACAACAGCCUACAAGCAGCAUGUUUUAGUUUUAAAUAACCUAAACCAUUAGUAAGACCCAUAGACAGUACAUAGUACUAUGGAGACGCCUGUAACAUUGCAUUUCCUGGUUCAGGUACGGUAUAUAAGUAGGCGGGUCUUUUACUGAAUAAAGGAGAAAUUGUUCCAUGGAGUGUACAUUACAUAUCCUCUUAUUGCUAGAGAGCCCUUUCGAACAAUUAACAUGGAGCUUAGCUGCUCUCUGCUUGAUUGAGUUUUAAUUAUCAGACCUGCAUUAAGAGACGAAAGUUGAACAUGGUGUCGAUUCAUAGUGUAGGGAAAGUUCAAGUCUCCAGCACACUAUCGUCUGAUACAGCAGUUGUGAUCACAUUCGUAACCAGUUCAUUUGUCAUUAGUCACUAAUACAUUAUUACAUUAUUAUAAACAGAUGAUUUGCCUUAUAGCGGCCACUGCCUUACAGAAAACCAAUCAACACCAUUUUACCCUUAAGGAGUAAACAGUUAAUGGUUUAAUGGUCUCACACAACCUCUAGCAGACACUCGAGCGUCAUUUGUUUUCGUUUCCGUCUUCGUCCUCAGCUGUGAUCCUGAAGGAUAAGUAGCUUAUACUUAGCUGCCUGGGGUUUCUUUUUUUUUGCUUUACACACUUGCUCAGCAUUCACUGUGUGUCAGUACUGUUGGAUACCUCUGCUGUGUUUGCAGACGUCUUUGACCCGCCAGGGAGCCUAGAAAGUGUUAACAAGCAUUUAAUAAGCAGAGUAUCCUCAUCCUGUGUUUAACUCUUCAGCAAAGGAUUAGCUGUGUUUAUGUAUCUGUUUUUUUUAGAAGCAUGUGUGGUUUACAUGCUGUGGUUUAAAGGAUCCGGUUGCUCAUCCAAGAGAGCCAUGAUGGUACCAUACUGGGUUGAAAAAUACUGAUAUUUGCUUUCUCACCUUGGCUAGAUCUGUUUAAACCAGGAUCCUCGCCAUGACGAUGAAGAACGAUCCUGACUCUGGAGUUAGAGGGUGGACCAGUAGGCUACAGAUGCAUUUGUGAAAGUGGUGUGAACAGAAAAAAACGGGAGAGCAUGGAGGAAAAAAGGAACGCCAUCAGAGUCCGGAUGCGUGCCUGGACCCCUGCCUCGGGAUACUCUUCACCUCCGAGCCCAGUCAGCUCACAACUCGGCUGGGAUGAGGGCCGAGAUGAGGAUUUUCAAAGCCAGAUGGAUGAGAAUGGUAUCAUCGGCCUGAGAGAAGCACAAGGGGAGGCUGACGAGGUUGUGUUAGAGAAAGACGAGGACAUGUUUUCCGAUGUUGGAACUCCAGAGCCUGAAGAAGGUCUACCUCAUGCACUGGAAGACCUCAGCUGUCACCUGAGUGAGCUGCUGGACUCAGAGCCUCUCUCUCAACCCAUAGGAGACGACCGUCUCUCACCCACACACAAUGAUGUUGAGUAUAGUGUUUCUCUAGAAGACUGGAUUGAGAAUAAUGAUGAUGAUGAUGAUGAUGAUGAUGAGAAACCUGAUGAAGAAGAUCAGAAGGGCUUUAACAUCCACAGACCUUUCGCACAUUCAAGGCCAGACAGGGAUCUGUUUUCGGGAAUUAUGAAUAAUGAGAUUGAAGAGAUUACGAUGCGCAGAGAUGAGUCAUAUCCUCUUCAAAGGAAUAUAGAUCCCCAGGAUAACUGGAUAGACAGCCAUGAUGUCACCACUCAUGAAGGAAAGGAUGAUGAAAACUGGACUGAUGUAGCAGUUUUAGAAACACGCACACCCUCCCAGAACAGUUGUGAUGAGAGGAGCCACGUGUCCUCCUCGCCCUCCUUCAAAAGCGCUUCUCAGACCCAUUUUUAUCCCAGUUUGUCUGAACCGAGUUUACAGGAGGAGGCGGAAAACAGUAGGACUGAUGUUAAAACAUUUGCAGAGUCUAACAGUAGGCAACCACGCCAUAGCCCUAGAAGUUACCAGCCUGAGGAGGAGCCUACGCUUGCACUGAGUAUCUUUGGGUCUGAAACUGGUUUACCUAAAUUAGAGCAAAAGUCUGCUGGACCUCGUCAUAAUCACCAUUACCACCAUCAGGUUUCUGUUACUUCGGGGGUGGAUUACCCACUUUCCAUCUCUGCACAGUCUACAGCUAAAGACUCCACCUAUAGACGCAGGAGACACUACAGACCCUCGAAAACCUCUCUUACCGACCCGGAUGAUGUCAGGAAGGGCCAGCUGAGUCAUCCAUUGCCAGAUUUUUCCAAAGUGGAGCCCAGAGUUCGUUUCCCUAAAAGCAACUACAAGCCCCCGAAGAGUCGGAAGCCUCCUCACAACGAACGCUCAAAACCGGAAGCGCCUGUAGUGUUCAAAUCCCCGGCGGACAUUGUGAGGGAGGCACUGUCGAGUAAUUCUGCAGGGCCCUCGAAUCCUGCAGCUCCCACUGACUCCCAGAAGCCCUCGAAUACUACAAUGCCCGAGGAGUUGCGGUGCCCUCUGCAGGCCGGUGCUAUAAUGCAGCAGCUUCAGGAGGAUUACAAUAGGCUUUUAACGAAGUAUGCAGAGGCUGAGAAUACCAUUGACAGGCUACGAUUGGAAGCCAAGGUAUCCCUGUACUCAGACCCUCCCAAACCCAGCCAGCCUGGUGCUCUCUCAGGUGUUCUAAAGGAGGGAUCGAAGAUUAUGGCCCUGAGCUUCCCCCAGGCUCAGAGGGCCGAGUUGAGCACGGAUGCUAUUCAGCCAAUUCAGCAAAGGCUCAACUCAGCUUCCAGAGGGACACCACCUCGCCCUUCCUCUGUAGACUCCGUUCCCUCCAGCUGGCAUCGCUCUCCUGCUGCGGCUCCACUAACUGAGGGACUCUCCAAACAGAUGGCAGGAUUUCAGCUACAGGUUCACGAGUUUGAGAAGCUACUAAAGAACCGAGGACUCGAACCUUAUGAGCAGACACAGGGCUUGUCUCAGCUGGCUCAGGGUCAGGACUCAAUAGAAAGAGCCUACCUCGCUGCUCGGGAAAAGCAUCAACAACUGCAGAGGCAGACAGGAGGAAGGCUAGGACCUUUCGACCCUGACAGGGAACUUGAAAGUCUAAUAUUUCAGUCAGGGAUACAGCUGGAGGAACUGAAGGAGUGGAUAGAGCAGUCUGAACAGGAUCAGCUUGUAGCACCUACCCUGAGCGACCCGCCUCAUGCCGUGCAGCCCUGUGUAUCUCUAAAAGAGGCAGAGCCGCAACCUGAGAACCCCGCCUCUGCAGCUCAUGCCUCGGUCACGGUCGGCUUGGAGGUGAGUUCCGUCAGCGGGGAGAGUGAUGGAGAUGAAGAGAAGGGUGAAGACGACAUGCUUCCAUCUGUCUGCCGUCCACUCAACCACAAACAGCACCGUGUGGAGAAAGGCUUUAGGAGUCUGAUGGACCACUACCAGAGUUUCAGGGAUUUAUCCAAGCUUCUGGACCGAGACCAGGGUGAGGUUGACCACAAUUCGAGUGAUCAUUCUCCUCACCCUGCCAGGAUUGAUGGGAUGGAAAUUGAACAGUGGAGGAGAAGUACAAACAAGCGGGACUCAAACAAACCUCUUCAGCCACUGCCAGUGUCAGACGCCCUCUCAGGCAGCUCACGUGUGUUUAACUCUAUGGAAACUCUCCCAGGGGCCCCAGUCCCAGCUACACCAUUACCAAGGAAACAGGGCUGUGGGAGGCGAGCAGCAGGUAGCACACAGUCCCAGAGCAGUCUGGGACGAAGGGCCUCUAAAGAGAUUGACGGGGCCCGGAGAGGACAGUUGCAGGAUGGAGUUGUAACUCCGGAAACAGAUAGCGGAUUCAUGGGCUCGGAGAGCAGUCGACUCACACCUGCAGCACAAAGCCCUGUCCAGCAGAGGGCAGCAGUGAGGGCGACAAGGCCAUCUGUCACACAGGAAAAGCACCAAAUAAAUCCUAAGUCUAGCUCUCCAGCACAAACACAGCCAUCUUCGGAUCCCACUGGAGCUCAUGCCAUUGCCUCUGGAGGUGCUCCAGGAUCCUCGGGGAGAAGAGGAGAGGCACGGAUGCGUCACAUUCCCAGUUCGUCUACCUCCAGCUCGCCCCUGCGCUGGCCCAGCACCCCUCUCCAGCCUUGGCUUAGUAGCGAGAGUGCACAUUCCUUAUCAGAAGAUGGAACAGGACGGGGCGACCAACACGAACAGCCGUCCAAUCAGGAUCCCUCUUAUCUCAGAAGCUCCUCCUUCACUGCACCCUAUCACCAUGGCGACCACCUUAAAGCCCAAAGUUCUGGGCAGCUGGCGAAUCAGCAUGCGGCCAUUGAGUCUCUUCAGACAGAGGUGAACAGACUCAGAGAGCGCUUAGAAGGAAGUCUCAGGACAUCCAGUCCUGCGAAUCGUGCAACAGAGCCCACUUCUUCCUUAAAGGACAUUAGAGACCGCGCACCUCGUCACACGUCUACACCUCAUCCGCGGCAACGCGAUUUCAGGUCUUGUGCGAGAAAUAUCGCUAGCAAGAAAGAACCAAGAGACACUGAGAGCACUGUCAAGAAGGAACAAGAAAGAACUAUACCAAGAAGAAGAUCAGCAUCUGUGCCACGCCUCAGACUCGAGUCAGAGACAAGUAUAGAUUCGGAUCAUACCCAAUCUGAAGUCAUGACACCAAAGCACAUCCCAGUAUCACCUAUGACAGCACACAGAACCCAGAGAUCGAGGGCUGAAACUAGACGUCCAAAUUCAAAUCUCCAUACAAAUCGCCAGAAGCGGAGCGUAUCAGCUGACAGAUCAAAUGAGAGAAAAGAUGAGGCAGCAGGCAGAGGAAGGCCAGGACCUUUAUGCUUGAGCUGUUUGGCACGACGAAGCAGAACCUCUGGAUACCAAGCAAAAAACAUGAGCUCACCUUGUCACACUCGUUACUACACUAAUCACUGUCCGCUGUGUGGAGCGGAUAAAACAGAGGCGGUCCCUCCACCUGCAAACCAUACCUUCAUGCAGAAGGAAACUCGACUCAUGCAGACUGGGGUACCAGGGGUGUACCUGGCAGUAGCCCCUCCUCCUCCAGUGAUUGGCAGUGUGCCUAUGGUCCAGUGUGUGCCUUUCUGUGCGUCAGUCCUCUACUUGUCCAACCCUGUGGUUACAGCCUCAUACCAAAAGCCUGUUUACAUUGCACCGAACGAAGGGAAAGGCUACAGGGGUCAUCGUAGGCGCUCACAAUCUCUAGACAUGCGGCAUUCUCUCAACCGUUCUCUGGGCCGUGCCAUCGCCACCGCCAGCUGCGUGAGAGACAUGUCCGAGCGCAUGGUGCACUCUCUGUCCUCAGGGCUGCAUCGCUCAAGCCAGCUCGCAAAAUCCUGCACCUACUGAUCUGGCAACACUGCUCUGUGCUUCGAAGUGACCUCAAGAAAAACCAAACUGCAGCUUGUAGACACCUAACAUGUCUUUAUCUGAGAUUGGUGACCGACACAGAAACACUUGCUUCAUCAUGGCAGCUACCCUUAUUACUUCACUGUUUACGGCUGCAGGGCCGUUUUAUGAAAUGAAAUUUCAUGACAAAUGCUUUCUCAGAUAUGUUGCAUUUGUAAUAAAUGAUUUAAAUCUGUUUCCAAAAUGGAAACCGCUGCUAAAAUGAGUGAAAUGUUUUUCAUUUUUGGAAUUGUUUGUCUGUUAGUCAGUUUGUUUUUAUAUGAUUUACGGUACUGUAUGUUGUUUGUUACUUGCAUUGUGCCCUAAAAAUAAGUUUUUAUAUUCAGAAAUUUCUUCUCCGAAAUUAGUCAUCCUUCCGCAGUAAGUGGAAUGAUGAUAUUUCUCUCCUGUCAGAGUGAGGCUAGCUAAUCAUAGCUGUUUUCGAGCAUAUGUGUGCAAAAGAGGAUAGACAGCACUUUUCAUGAUGCAGCUUAUUUUUUCAUCAUCUUGAACUAAUCCAACCAAAAAAAAAAUCUCUUCCCAACUGUGUUUGACUGAUGGCACUUAUUUAGUAACCCACAGUAGUAAGUAGCGUAGUGUAAGUAUCUAUCCAGUGACGUAAACUUCAAAGCACUUUUAGUAAGCCGCUUUGGAUAAGAGGGUCUGCCGAAUGCCUAAAUGUAAAUGUAACAUGUGGCUGUUAAUUGGUAAAUAAGCAAAUUGGGGGAAAAAAUUAGUAAAAUACUCAAAGACACCCAAAGCAUAGUAUUUUAUACAGUAUAUACACUGAUCAGCCAUAACAUUACAACAUAAAACAUUAUACCCAGGAUUGUCUAGGUUCCUCUUGUGUGGUGGCCCUGGCACCUCGAGCCAUGACUCCAUAAGACCUCUUGGGGUAUGUAGGUUUUGAAAGGUGGGGCCUCCGUGGAUCAUCCCACACAUUCCUAUGUGUUCUCAAGCAGAUUGGGAUGUAGAAGUUGAAAGGCCUGGUUGGCAGCUUUAGGCUCUUUUUGUGCUGGGACUCGUGCAUUGGGCUGCGGUGACCGAGUGAUCUAGUGUCUUUCUAUUAGAGCCAGCAUUGAAUUUUUUUAGUGAUUUGUGCUGCAUUGGCUUUUCUGUGGGAUUGCGGUCGCAUUAUGAGCCUGUAUCCAGUUUACUGGUUUAUAAUUGAUAAUGUUGAUGUUUUCAAUGUUAUAUUUUGGACAGUGGAUAUUUUUAAACA